UGCUCUCUUCAUCUUUGCUUCCUAGUCUCCUCACAACACUUCGAUGCUGCUUCGAUCUGUGCCCUUCUCACCAAUCUUCUUGUGAUCAUCAACACACCCCAACCCCAUUUCAUGAUCUGGGUGGCUUCUUCUGGAGAGUAAAAAAAAUUGGAUUUUGACACAUUUCCAGUGCUUAAAAUGUUGCUUCUUUGAGGGGGAUUUAAUGGGUUGAAUUUCAAGAAUCAUGGGUAGCUUCAGCGAAGACGAAGAAUGUCGGUUUUUCGACGCUCAAGAGGAUGAUGUUGUGUCCAUUUCGGAUGCAAAAUCUGAUAGCGCUGAUGAAGGGGUAUCCAAUGCUUUUGAUUAUGAAGUGUGGAUUCGGAGCCCAAGGAGUGUGAGAGAGCGUAGGAUGAAGUUUAUGAAGAGCAUGGGACUUAGUAUGGAUGGUACUAACCUUGAAAAUUCAGUAGAUGUGUUUAGUGUUGAGCAGGAAGAGGUGAUGGAUAGAGUAAAAGAUAAUAGUAGUGGGGCUGUUUCCAGAACUUGUGGUUUUGAAGAAGAUUUCUGUUCAAGUCGAUCAUCUAUGUCUUGUUGGCCUAGUGUGAAUUCAUCAGAGGAGUUUGGUUUAGUGGAGAACUUGCCAUGUCAAGAUGGGAUUUUGGAGAAUGGAGUGGGGUGUAAUGUGGAUCAGGAGGGGCACCAGCAUAGGAAGAUGAGUGAUGGAAGAGAUCUGAAUUCAGAUCAGUUGGUGACUGCAGAGGAUUCUGAGAACGCCUCUGGUGUGUCUCCUUCUGUUCAAUGUUUGGUGGAUGAUAGGGGGGUUGAGGAGACUGAUGGUGAUGCUUCUGCUCGGAGGAGGAGGAGGAGCAGUGCUAGAAGGGGUUGGUUCAGAAGAUUGCGGUCGAUAACAUGUAUGAUUGAUCAAGGAGAAGGUAAUAUUGGGUUCUCAGGGUGUAGGCUUCAGAAAGUUAAGGUCCGUCAAUGCAGGAAGCAUAUGAAGGAACUUUCAGCUCUUUACAUGAGGCAAGAUAUCCAAGCACAUGAUGGUUCGAUUUUGACCAUGAAAUUCAGUCCUGAUGGGCAGUAUCUUGCCAGUGCCGGUGAAGAUGGGGUUGUGCGCUUGUGGCAAGUGGUUGAGGAGGAUAGAUGUGAUGAAAUUGACAUUCCAGAAAUUGACCCAUCCUGCAUUUACUUUAAAGUAAAUAAUCUCUCUGAAUUGACACCACUGUUGAUGGGUAAGGAAAAAAUUAGCAAACUGAAGAGCCUUAGAAAAACAUCAGAUUCAGCUUGCAUCGUUUUCCCACCUAAGGUCUUCCGGUUGUUGGAGAAACCAUUGCAUGAGUUCCGUGGGCAUAAAGGUGAAGUUUUGGAUCUCUCUUGGUCAAAGAAUAAUUAUCUUCUGUCAUCUUCAGUUGACAAUACUGUGCGUCUAUGGAAAGUGAAACAUGACCAUUGCUUGAAAGUUUUCUCACACAGUAAUUAUGUUACAUGCAUACAAUUCAAUCCAGUGGAUGAUAAUUAUUUCAUUAGUGGAUCUAUAGAUGGGAAAGUGCGCAUCUGGGCAAUUCCUGAUUGUCAUGUUGUUGAUUGGACUGAUAUCAGAGAUAUAGUGACUGCAGUAUGUUAUCGGCCUGAUGGGCAGGGAGGGAUUGUUGGCUCCUUGGCAGGCAAUUGUCGGUUUUAUAAUAUAUCAGAGAAUCUCCUGCAGUUAGAUUCCCAAGUAUCCUUAAUUAGUAAAAAGAAACUUCCUGCCAGAGGGAUAACUGCUUUUCAGUUUCUUCCGCAAGAUUUUAACAAAGUUAUGGUUACUUGUGCUGAUUCACAAGUCAGAAUCCUUGAUGGGCUUAAUGUGAUUGGCAAAUACAAAAGCCUUAGCACAGGGAGCCCUAUGUGUGCAUCAUUUACUUCUGAUGGGAAACAUAUUUUAUCAGCAUGUGAAGACUCUAAUGUAUAUCUAUGGAACGUUAGUCAGGAAGAGUCUAAUCCCAUGAAAGCUAAUAAGAUUAGGUCUUGUGAGCGUUUUUUCUCAAAUGCAUCCGUUGCAGUACCCUGGCAUGGUUUGAAAUCUCAAAAUACUGAAAAUGAACACCAAUUGGACGUCUUGGGUAAAGGAUCACCUCAAGUUAUGUGUGUCAGUGCGCCUUCUUCUUUCACUCUGGGCCAAGAAUUUUUCUUGGAGUCUUUUCCCAAGGGAUCUGCAACAUGGCCUGAGGAGAAGCUUCCUGUUUCAAGCUCCAAGGCUAAAACAUCCACGAUGAAUAAAUCUGAAUACAAGUUCUUGAAAUCUUCAUGCAAGAGUACCUCCCGUGCUCAUGCAUGGGGUAUGGUCAUUGUGACCGCAGGCUUGGAUGGGAGGAUAAAAUCAUUCCUUAAUUAUGGUUUACCUGUACCCGUUUGAGGUGAAGUGACUUUUCCUAUGUUGGAUGAUAGGGUCAAGAUUCAUUGCUUUGUUUGGGCAUGUUGUCCUUAGGAAAUUACAUGCUGCUAAUUUUCUUGGAGGCUUUAGAGCGAUGUUGACUUUGACAGCAUCAGUAACAAAGCUGGUUAAGGUCAAACCUUAAGCAGAAAUUGCAGUUUUGAUUAAUGAGGAACUUUGGCUUUUGGAGGGUGGCUAUUAUGGUUGUAAUGUAACUCUGCUGGAAAUUAGCAAGUGGCCAAGUUCUAGCUUGUCUUGGUGCCAAGCCUAAAUUUGCCUUUUGUUACACAAGAAUCUGCUGGCCCCUAAAAGAGAUGCAAAGUCAUGUGUUUGACAUUGGAAGAGGGCCUAUGUGAUAUUAUUUUGAUAUGCUGUGGGAUUGUGGGACCUUAGUAAACCUUCUAGUUUGCUAAGAUAAGGGAGGUAGAUUCAUGAGCUUUUGUGGCUGAAGUUUUACUUUAAUCAAAAUGUUGAGGGUGUUCAUGAUUUCAUUAUUGGCAGGGCUAACUAAAUGAAUCUCUCUGUCUGCCAAUCUUGCCGUCCAUCUCAUGGUAGGGCUGCUUGUGCCUGUGGUUAAUACUUGCAAGUGUGGUGAUCAUGUGUGUGGCGGUCAUUUCUGCUUGAAUUGGUGCUUUUUAGCUGCAAUCAUACAUACAGUACCCGCAACAAUCUGACUGUGCUGCAAUGCUGACAAAAUAUCAUCACUAACAAUAUAUGGUCUCAGUUUUUGGAUGACAUCACUCUUGAUUAGUUGAGUUACAAGUAUCUUAUCCUUUCUAAUUUAAUUUAGUAGUAUUUUCAUCUUGGUGAUGGCAGAUAUGUAAAUUUCAUAUUUGCUUAUGUAAGUAAAAGUUUUUUUAGCUUGGCCUAUGGUUGAUAGAAAAUAGAAGUAAACAGA